GAUGGAUCUUCUGGAACCCAGAACCGAUUUUGAACUGCAAACUUUUGCCCCCCUUUUUGCUACUCACGGUAGCUCACAAUAUUUUUUCAGUUUGGGUUGCGGUCGAAUGACCUGUACUUCGUGGUGUCGUGCAUGGCUCUCCUGGCUGCUGCUGUCGAUGAUAUUUUUCCUCUUCGCCAUGCACAUCGACCUGGAAGUGGAUGAUUUCACUUUGGAGCUGAGGUUUUUGAUUGUGGGUGGUGGUGGUGGAGGACACAAUGGAGGUGGCGGAGGUGGUGGCGUGCUACAAGGUCGCAUUCGCAUGCACAAGGGCUGGGGACAAGAGGGGUACGCCUCUUGGCCAGUGAAAGUGGGAGCCGGAGGCAAGUCUCACCACCAGGGCGAAAGCUCCCUUCUUGGAGGCCUAGAGGCUACAGGUGGGGGUCAUGGAGGCGCAAGAGGAGAGCAUGGUGCCAAUGGUGCAGACAGCAGGAAGAACUGGCUAGAAGCCAAGAUCGAAGAGGCUCCGCAUCAUGGUGGUGGCGGAGGCGGUGGCGGUGAUAGUGGUGGGAAUGCCGGCUACGGCGAGGCUUGCACCAUCACAGGUACCCAAAGAUGGUACGGCGGAGGAGGCGGAGGAGCACCCGGAGGUGGUGGAGGAGGUGGUGGUGGUCCCAGCGGCGGUGGUGGUGGAGGUGGUGGUGCAGGCAAGACUUCAAGUUGGUUACCUGGCACUGGUGGCAAGGGAGGUGGAGGUGAUGGCUCCGACCGUGUUCAGGGUUGUGAUGGUGAGCCGAACACCGGUGGAGGAGGAGGAGGCAGCGAUAGGGGAGGAGGGCAUGGUGGUUCUGGAAUCGUGAUUGUGAGCUACAAGAGCAAUGCUCCUGUGCUGAAAGGCGGUGAUGUCUCAGUGGUGAAUGGACACCAGAUCCAUUCCUUCACCACUCCCGGGGUUUCGAAACUUGAGUGGCAGAGAUGUUCAGAAGGAACAAAGGCAUCAAGAUCAGCCUGAGCCGCGGCGUGCUGGCGGCGCGCUUGGAAUCCAUUUGCCACACCCAUUUUCAGACUCGCUAGCGCCGCCGGUUGUUGAUUUCGGCUUUAGUUUAUAACUUUAGCAGAAGAAAUGUGAGUCCCC